GAACCCCGGCCCAGCAUGCGCCAGCAGGGGGCGCUGGCGAGCACAGGAGGGUCGAAGCAGAAGCUGCCCGGGAACCGGGAAGAGCCGCGGGGCGGGGCGGGGCGGGAGGAGGAGCCCGGCCUGCGGCCUGCAGAACCCGAGUCGCAGUGGCCUCGCGGCCCCCGGAGGCUGUUGCGGCGGCGCAGCGACGACAUGGCCUUUGUUCCAGAGGAUGAUGAGCAUCACAGCGCCAACUCCACCUACAGAGCCCCUGGCAGCCCGACGUGGGCCGAGCGGGAGACGCUGCUGGGGAAGCAGCUGGACCGCCCACCACCCGGCCUGCAGAGGCCCGAGGACCGCUGCCACGCUGCCUAUGCCAUCUUCUUCAGCCUGGGAGUUGGCGGCAUGCUACCGUGGAACUUCUUUGUCACCGCCAAGGAGUACUGGGCGUUUAAGCUCCGCAAUUGCUCCAGCUCGGCCUCGAGGAGGGACCCUGAGGACUCUGACAUCCUGAACUACUUUGAGAGCUACCUUGCCAUCGCCUCCACCGUACCCUCCCUGCUGUGCCUCGUGGCCAACUUCCUGCUGGUCAACAGGGUUCCUGUCCAGGUCCGCGUCCUGGCCUCCCUGGUCGUCACAUUGUCCAUUUUUGUGGUGAUGUCUGUGCUGGUGAAGGUGGAUACUUCCUCCUGGACCCGGGGCUUCUUUACGGUCACCAUCAUCUGCAUGGCCAUCGUCAGUGGUUCUGCCACCAUCUUCAACAGCAGCGUCUUCGGCCUGACCGGCUCCUUCCCCAUGAGGAAUGCGCAGGCGCUGAUAUCAGGAGGAGCCAUGGGAGGCACCAUCAGUGCUGUGGCCUCGCUAGUGGACCUGGCCGCAUCCAAUGAUGUGAGGGACAGCGCUCUGGCCUUCUUCCUGACGGCAGUCGUCUUCCUGGGGCUCUGCAUGGGGCUGUACCUGCUGCUGCCAAGGCUGGAGUAUGCCAGGUACCACAUGAAGUCUGUUGGUCCUGUCCAUGUGUUUUCUGGUGAAGAGGGACUGACACCGGACUCCCUCCAUUCUCCUUUGGUGGCCUCCAAGUCCGUUGAGUCCCACACGCCACCCCUGAGACCCAUCCUAAAGAAGACCGCUGGCCUGGGCUUCUGCAUUAUCUACUUGUUCUUCGUCACCGCCCUCAUCUUCCCUGCAAUCUCCACCAACAUCGAAUCCCUCCACAAGAGCUCGGGCUCACCGUGGACUACCAAAUUCUUUGUGCCCCUCACCACCUUCCUCCUGCUCAACUUCUCGGACCUAUGCGGCCGGCAGAUCACAGCGUGGAUCCAGCUGCCAGGCCCCAACAGCAAGGUGCUCCCUGUGCUGUCACUGCUGCGCACUGGCCUCAUCCCGCUCUUCGUGUUGUGUAACUACCAGCCCCGCGUCCACCUGACCACGGUGGUCUUCCAGUCAGACAUCUACCCCAUGCUCUUCACUUGCCUGCUAGGGCUGAGCAAUGGCUACCUCAGCACCCUGGCUCUCAUCUAUGGGCCCAAGAUUGUGCCCAGGGAGCUGGCUGAGGCCACCGGGGUGGUAAUGUCCUUUUACAUAUAUGUGGGCUUGAUGCUGGGCUCAGCCUGCUCGGCCCUACUGGAGCAUCUCAUCUAGGAGGGGCGGCAAGAACAUCCGUGCUGAAUGAGGCUUUGGGCCCCUGGGUGAUGGGGCUGUGAGGCCAAGGGCUCACAGGGCAUGGAGGGAAGGCUGGUGUUUUUCUUGGUGCAGAGAACAGAGCAUGUUUGGGUCUCUGCCCUCCCAAGAUGCCAGCGAGCCAUGUCCUUGCCCAUCCUGUAUAAGGAGAAACAUUCCAGACCCUUUAACAUGACUCAUAAGGAUUAUGUGAAGAAGACAAUUACAAAGAGGGAAAUCACCUUCAUAGCUGAAGGACACUUCAGUGUUUGAAUCUGAGUUGCCACUAGUCCAGAACCCAUUGGUGAUAUGCUGCAGUCUCCCAGAAAGAUGGCAGAGAGUCUCAGCCCUCUCUUCUCUGAUGGGGACCCCGUGGAGUAGAGUGGAGGUCCCCCUGGGAUGGCCAGUCCUCAGGCUCAAGUCCAAACCAGCACAGACCACUGGUUCUCUGGGUGAGCUGGUACUCACCAGCCAGACUGGAAAGCCCAGAGAGAUGGGUUUUCCUUUCUGAGUCCUUCCUGCCUUCCACAGGCUCUGGAGCCCUCCCUGGGCCAGGGUGCAAGCUCAUCAGGCCUAGGUUCAUUAUGACUUGGUGGGUUACGGCUUGGGCCAGGGUGCAAGCUCAUCAGGCCUAGAUUCAUUAUGACUUGGUGGGUUAUGGCCUGGACCAGGGCAGAAUCUUUUAACAUUUAUGUUUACAGUCUAUCAAGACCAUUGGUUCAAGGGCCCAAUAAAUCCUGGAGUAUUCAAUGCA